UGAUGUCCGUUUAAAGUUAUUUAUAUGAAUAAGCUCAUCUCAAAGAAGAAGCUUCAAAAAAAGAAUAAAUUAGACUCAUUAGAUCAGUCAUUGAUAGUCUAGAAAAGAAUAGAAAUAUUAAAGAAUUAAAUGAAUAACUCUCUAAAUUAAUGGUUGGAUUGAGAACAUGUAUUAAUUAAUAAGAAAUAUCAAGUUACAUCAUUUAAUUAAUUUAAAUCUUACGAGAAAUUACCAAUAAUCAAUAAUUUAAAAAAGAAAUCUAAACUGAAAAUGAUAAAGCAAUUCUAAUUAAAAGAAUACAUGAAUUAGAAUUACAAGCCAAAGAAACUUAAUGGCAAUUUGGUAACUAUAAUUAAUAAUAAUUGUUUAGAAAUAAAAAUUAGAGAUCACCAAGCCAUAUAGAAGAUUAAAUAAUAUGAAGAGGAAUUAGAGCAAAUCAAAAAGUAUAAAAAUAAAACUCAAAUCUCAAAGCCGUAAUGCAAUUCUCCUCAAAAAAUAGAAUUAAAGAAUCAAAUCAAACUUAUGCAAGAUAAAAUUUAAAGCUUAUCUGAAAAAGAAAAGAAAUUGAUUCAAUUAGUAAAAGCAGUCAAAUCUAGAGGAAUUGAUGUUGAACAUAUUUAUAAAAACAUCAAUCAAAUAUCAAGUCAAAAUAGUAGAAUCACUAAAGACGAAACAAUAAAUGAUUUUGUUGAUAGUUCCCAUUCAGAUUUUGCAGACAUUUCAUAAUUAGAUGCUGGCCAAACUUUAAUCAAAAGAAACCAUAAAUUUUUAAUCGAUUGA